AUGCGUAAUAAUGUGACUGAAUUGGUCAACAGUAUAAUAGGUGUUCAAACACCUGGAUCGCUACCAGAUACUCUUUCUGGGGCACAUUCAUUGCAGAGACGCAUAAGCUAUUUUGACGUCAAUUGGAUAUCAUGGAAUUGGGACAAUGUAAAUGUUGAUCUUAAUAAAGAGGUAAAAAAAAGUAGGCCCCUCCUUGGGGAGGAGGACGAUCAAUGCAUGUUCGGUUGGUUCGCAAAUAAUCCAGGGUGGAAAUAUUACUGGUCGGUAACUGAUAAUCCUGAUCCAGGAUAUAAAGAGAAUUACUCUGACAUUGGAGAUGAAAAUGCUGUCCACGGUGAAUUAUAUUUUAACACAUAUGGGGGGUUGAUGGCUUCUGUAAUGACAACAAAGAUGGUGCUCAAUGCGAAGAGACAGCUUGUGGUUAUUGAUACAAUUGUGGUAAAGGCCAUCUGCGAUUAUGUUAUGAAAUAUUGGAAAAAAAAGGUUAACCUUACUACGAUAUCAUUAUAUUUGAUGUUAAAGUUAUAA